AUGGUAGACCAGAAUGACCUUCGCGAAGCAGAAAUUCUCUCCGAAUACAUUCCGGAAGAGUGUCCCAUCAGAUUGCUGAGAUUCUCAAAGAAAAUCGAGAAAGGUCACAAGCCUCUUCCGAGAUGCAAGGUCAUCAAAGAUUGGAACGAACUCAGCACGGCAGUAGUCCGCAUCGUCAACCUCCAAGGAGACGAAGAAGAAGAAGAUGAUACGAAUUUGCAGUUGCGGAAUAAGCAGCUAAAAGAUCCGCACUUGGCAAUGAUCAUCGAUGAAUUGGAGCACCUGCAAGACGCAGACAAAAGGUCAAAGUUUGAGACGCAUUACCAGUUAUGGAACGGCAUACUGUAUCGCGUCAAAGACCAGAAAGGAAGACUGGAAAGGACAUAUGUGGUACCGCUGCAAAUGAGAAGGGCAAUCAUCCAUGCACUGCAUGAUGAAAAAGCAGCAGGUCACCUUGGUUUCGAAAAGACGCUGACCGCGAUCCGGCUCAGGUAUUACUGGGACCGUAUGAGUACGGAUGUCAAGAAUUACAUUACAGCGUGUCAAGGAUGUCAGUUCAUAAAGACACCAAGGAAGUGUCCGCCUGGAAAGCUCCAAGAGAUCAAAGUCGGACAUCCAUUCUUCAGAGUCUAUGCGGAUCUGAAAGGACCCCUACUUCCAACGAAGAAAAGAGGAUACAAAUACAUCGCGGUCUUCAUCGACCAGCUGACGAAGUAUGUCAUAGCGGAGCCAAUGAAAACAGCUACUGCAAAGGAAUUCGCAAAGAUCUUUGUGAAGCACGUAAUUCUGGUGCACGGAGCGCCACAUAUUCUCCAUACGGAUCGCGGAAGGCAUUUCACCGCAGAAGUACUGAAAAAGGUCACCAACGUGUUCAAAAUCAAACACACGUUUGGAACAGCAUACCAUCCUGAAGGUCAAGGACAGGUGGAAAGGCAGAUGCAGACCAUCAGUGAUGGAUUGUCGCAGUACCUGAAAGCGGGAAAUGAAAGGAAGUUCAACAAGUAUCUUCCCUACGUCAUAUCGGCAAUGAACCGUGCAGUACAUGCAACGACGGGGUACUCAGCGUACUACAUGCUUCACGGGAGAGAAAUGACCAUGCCAGAAGACGUAGUGACGAAGACGAACGUUCCUGACGACUACGGUGCACCAGACGAAUGGGUCGAAACCAUGAAAAGGAACUUGACCUUUUCAGAAGAAGUGGCGAAGUGCAACAUCAAAGAUGCUUACGAAAAGCACGCGGAAAUCUACAACAAGAAGAAGUCAGAGCCGCAAUUCAAAGUCGGAGAUCGAGUCUUAAUUAGACUCCCGAAAGAUACAAAGCAAGGAAAGAAGGAAAACCAAUCCGACUUCAAGAAUAAAUAUGACAAAGUGUGGAAAAUUCUCAGUUUUCCGAGACCGAACGAAGUCGAGGUCAUCGAGCAAGAUGCGGUGAAAGAACCGGACCUACGAGUCGUUUCGGUGGAUCGUCUGAAACCGUGGCAUCCACCGUUACCGGUUCAGAAAGGUCAAGCUGAAAGGGCAGCUUCGGAGAUAAUUGAGAAAGGUCAAGAUGAAGCAGAGCGUAGUCGUCAGCAUACUUCCGAACCACGCUCUGUACCUGAUUUGGCAGAAGAGCCAGAAGAGGCAGAAGAGCCAAAAGAGGCAGAAGAGCCAAAAGAGGCGGAAGAGCCAGUUAAGAAAAAGAGAGGACGACAGAAGAAAGAGAUUAAAGACUUUGAGACGCCAGUCACGAUGAAGCUUAAUCAAGAAGCGGGGAACUUGACCACGAUUGAGCAAAAUGAAAGGUCACACCGAAAUGAGGAUAAAGAAAGCACAGAGCAUGGAUCUCAAGUGGAGCCUACUUUCGAACCACGCUCCGCUACUAACAUUAGGGAUGACCUUUCAAGAGCGAAAAUGGUUGAGCCUGCUCGCAGAGUAGCAGAGCGUAAACCUCAAGAUACUUUCGAACCAUGUUCUGCUACCAGCGUCAAAGAUGACCUCUCAAGAGCGGAACAAAUAAAAGCCGUCAAAGAAAAAGCCGACCAACUUGGCCAACGGAUCGCGAACGAAAUUGAGAAGCGAAAGGUCAAGAAAAUGAAGAAAACUCCGAAGCCGACUCCAGAACAGAUUCUGAGAGGAGAAGUCCAAGACGAAGACGAAGCCGACAAAGCAUUACUUGAUCGGAUAACUAAAGGACGAAAACAAAUAAACCCGAAAAUCAGGCUUAUAGGAGUUUAUGAUAUUAAGACUGGAAGUUGGGACGGCAUAAAGGUCAUCAGAAAUAAACCCGCUAAUCGAAGUCAUUUCCGAUCACGCCGUUGA